AUGCAAGUAAGUUGAAUCGCCCAUUCCAAAAUUAGAGACGGUACUAAAUAUUCUUCGUCAAGCCCCGAAAACCGUCUUUUCUCAUUCGUACAAAAUCUAUUAUCGUGAACCGUGCCUACGCCUGGCUCUUUCUUAUCAGAGGACCCAGCAUCAUCCAAGAAGGAUACGACAAGGUGAUAUUACCUGGAACUUCAGCUUCACAGAAACAACAACAAAAGCUCAAUCGUUAUACAGGCUAAUGGAAACCCCUUUGAAGUUUUCGUACCCGAGAACCGAUAUCUUUUCGUGUCCUCUGCGAAGCAUAUUAAGGAGGUCGAUGCCGCCACAGACGAUGUAUUGUCUCUACAGGCCGCUGCAAAGCAGGUAUGCACAUUUAUUUCUGGUCUCGCAAAAACACAAAGCUGAGGAAAACUUUCUAAUAUUGUCAGUUGCUUCAACCAAAAUACACAAUGCACAAUUUCAAUUGGUUUAACAAAAGGGGCGUAGAAGGAACGCCGCUUGUUAGAACCCUUCGAACCUUCUUGACGAAUAACAUUCCGGAUAUCUUGCCAGAAAUUCGUCUCGCUAUAUCAAAGUUGUUCGAUGAUCUUUAUGAUACACAGCCAGUUGUUGAUGGUAAGUAAGAUUGAACUCCCUUGGGAAAUCUUUAAGCAGUUCUCAUUACUACAGGCGUCAAGCACUCUCUACUUUACAAAAUGGUAAAGGAAGCCGUGGCAUACUCCAAUGCCUUGUCAUUUUUUGGCAAAGAGCUUGGUAUUUAUCCCCCCAGUCUUGGUCUGAGACAAGCAAGACUGACCAUUAAUCACAGCACACAAUAGAGAGUUUAUAGAAGCCGCUGUAAAUUUCAUUGAGAGCACAAUCUUAAUCUCUGAAAUAAUUCGUUUGUUGCCUCAUUGGAUAGCCCCGUAAAUAAUUUUGCCCAUUCUCCCUUCAUUACUGAUUCUGCUCAUCUAGGACAAUUGGGAAAUAUUUGGCUAAGAAGUGGAAUUCUCAUGAAGCUAUUCACAACACAUUAGUAUCUGUGACUGAGCAGAGACUCGAAGAGAGGGAGAGAGCAAGAAGGGGAAUUGCAAUUGAGAAACAUGUAAGUGGAAGUUUCGACAGCAAGCAAAAGGCAAGAAGUACUCCAGUGGACGGUCGCUUACGGAGUAACAGAAGGACUGUAUUCAGUGGGUGAUUGAAACUUCCCCCAAAGAAAAGCCUUGGUCUGCGGAACGUAUCGUCCACAAGCUUAUGGCAUUAUGGUUUGGCUCUGUACAUAUUCUUACCGCGGUAAGUUUCUGAUUCCUUGCGUAGUACUCAUAUUGAAAACAGCUGAUGCUAGAUGAAUGGUAGACUAUAUGCUUCACGAUACAUGACCUCUGUCUCCAACCAGAAUACAUCUUUUCUAUUCGGGCUGAAUUGGAAAGCUCCCAAGGGUCGUGCUUCGAAAAAACUGGAAAAGGCCUCCUACUUCUUAAUAGUUUUAUUAAAGAAUCUGCGAGAACCACUCCAGUAGAAUCAAGUAAGUUGCCAGAAUACACUAUUUGGUAACAACGAGAUCCUUUACGAAAACUGAUUCUCACAGCUCUAGUGAGUACUCGACGACAAGCAUUGCAACCCUUCAUCCUUUCGGGCGGGUUUAGAGUUGAAACAGGAGAGUGGGUAUGCACUCCGGCCAGAGCCAUGAUGAGAGAUCCUGCAAAUUUUCCACAGCCAUUGGAGUUUCAAGGCUUUCGAUUUGUUGAAGAGAAACAUCUCAAAAAUAUCAGCAGCAGUAUUUUGCUGGCUCCAGAUUGUGGUGAGGUCUCUGCACUCACCGACGUAGCCAACUGGCAAUUUUGGGGUACAGGACGGAUGUCAUGGUAG